AUGAACCAUAUGGAGAAACAGAAUCAUACUGCAGUGACCAAGGUGACUGAAUUUAUUCUCAUGGCAAUUGUCAACAACCCUGGGCUGCAGGCACUUCUCUUUGGAGUCUUCCUUGUCACAUACUUGGUUAUACUGACAGGCAAUUUGGGCAUGAUUUUUUUGACGCAUUUGGACCCGAAGCUACUCCUGCAUACUUUUCUCCUUAGACAUUUGUCGAUUACUGACCCUAGUUACUCCACUGUUAUUGGCCCAAAAAUGAUGGCAAACUUUGUGGUGCAUGAAAAUACAAUUUCCUACAAUUUCUGUGCCAUCCAGCUAGUGUUAUUUGAGAUUUUCAUCAUCACUGAACUGUUUAUUUUAUCAGCAGUGGCCUAUGUGCUGUGCAGCAUCUGCAAACCUCUUCUCUACGUGGUCAUUAUGGCAGCGAAAGUGCAUCGGGGGCUGGUACUUACUCCUUAUCUCUACAGCACAUUUGUGUUACUCUUUCUCAUAAUUAAGUUAUUCAACUUGUCUUUCUGUGGCUCUAACAUCCUCAGUUAUUUUUACUCUGACAGCCUCCCUCUGAUAUCCAUGCUCUGUUCUGAUACACUUGAAUUAGAAUUGACCCUUCUGGUAUUUUCGGGCUGUAAUUUGCUCUCUUCGCUCUUGAUUGUUUUUGUAUCUUACAUAUUUAUUCUUGUGGCCAUUCCCAGAACGAAUUCAACUGGGAGGAGGUACAAAGUCUUCUCCACCUGUAGCUCCCAUCUGACAGUAGUGGUUGUAUUCUGUGGAACAUUACUGUUUAUUUACUUGCAACCUAAAUCCAGCCAUACUUGUAAUGGCUGA